GAAGCAGCAAGCGCCGGGCCAAACCCCACGCCAGUCGGCUUGGACCAAGGGUCCGCCACCAGGGCUCCAGAAGGGUUCAGCGCCUAGGAGGAAGAAGCUGCACUCAUCCUAGCUCCGGGAGUGGGCCGAGAGGGGCUCCAGCAGCAGGGAGACACUGCUGCCCCUCAUCUGUUGCCACCAAAGAGGCCGCGUUAAUGUUUAGUUCUGGGCGAGAAGCAUUGCACUCCCCAGACACAGUCUCCCAAGCACAACCCCCCCACACACACAAGUGCCCCAGUGUUGGUGCCUUCUGUUCACUGUGUGAAUGUUGUAAAUGUGCAUUUAUUGAACUCAAUAAAGGUUCCGUUUUGUACCCAAAACAAUACCAAACAAAUAAACCAGGUCAAACUGGUGGUGCCGUUCCCCUCUGGCACGCCAGGGGGCGACAGCCCAUUCCCUACAGUGCUGCAGGUCAGUCGGCUAGCUGUCCAUCUCCCUCAAUGGCCCGCAUGCGCAGUCUCACCGUGGAUAGAGAGGACUGUUGCCAUGGGUUACCCGUUACCGUUCAGGGCCCGGCCACCCCGUUUCCACUCUAUAACAAACACAGUUGUAGGGGACGAGGCAGCUGCAGCACUGAGGGAAGAAAUAAACAACUUGUUGAACAAGAGAGCGAUACGAGUUGUUCCCGCUUCGGGGGCGAACAAAGGUUGGUACAGCCGCUAUUUCGUUGUUCCGAAGAAAGGGGGGGUACCUCAUACUAUUUUAGACCUGUGAGUGUUAAACAAGUAUCUACGAACUUACAGGUUCAAAAUGCUAACACUCAGACAGCUACUGAGCGCGAUCGGACCGGGAGAUUGGUUUACAAUUAUCGAUCUUACAGACACUUACUUUCACAUAGCGAUACAACCGGACCACAGGCAGUUUCUAAGGUUUGCAUUCAAGGGCACGGCCUACAAAUACCUGGUGCUGCCGUUCGGCUUGUCAUUCGCCCCCCACACCUUCACAAAAUGUGUCAAGGCGGCGUUAGCUCCGCUACGGGAGAAAGACGUUCGCAUAUUAGCCUAUCUAGACGACUGGGCGCACCUGUCGCUGACUCUGUCGCACGUCCAAGCGCUGGGCUUCUCGGUGAAUUUACGGAAAAGUUCACUGAUCCUGAGUCAGCAGUUUUCUUUUCUCGGGCUGGAAACAUGUUCGGUUUCAAACCGAGCGUGUCUCUCAGAGCACAGGGUGGCUGCGUUUCACCGCUGCCUCGCUCAGUUUCGGUUGGGACGCAAACUACGUUUUCGGACGAUCUUACAGCUGUUAGGCAUGAUGGCAUCUAUGAUUGCUGUAGUGCCACUCGGGCUGUUAAAGAUGCGAGCGUUGCAACGCUGGACUCAAUCUCAUCGGCUGUGUGCACCGCGUCACCUCCAGAGGAGGCUGACGAUAUCUCCUUCUUGCAUGUUGGCGCUCCUCCCGUGGAGGGAACCCAGUUUACUACAACAGGGCUCCCCUAUAGGGAGGGUGUCUUUUCGCAAGGUGGUGUCCACAGAUGCUUCCCUGAGGGGGUGGGGGGCUCUGUGCGAAGGUGCAGCAGUGAGAGGGGUGUGGACGUCGGUACAAUGCAGGCUCCACAUCAACCACCUGGAGCUGUUAGCAACUUUCUUAGCUCUAAGGCAUUUUCGUCCGGUUCUGACAGGCCAUCAUGUUCUGAUCAGGACAGACAAUACAACAGUGGUUUCCUACAUAAACAGGUAGGGAGGGGCCCGCUCACUUCCCCUGUCGAAACUGGCUCAC